CAGGGGCGGACUGACAACUCAUGGGGCCCCCGGGUUAUAGGGGAUCAUGGGGCCCCUGUGUCCUUGCCCAAACUCAAAAAAGCCUAUGAAAAAGGUACUAGGGGCAUCUCAUGGGGCCCCCUACUGACCCCGGGCCCUCGGGGCAGUGCUCGAGUUUCCAAAUGGUCAGUCCACCCCUGCUCUGCUUACAAAGCAGUGUGCUUACAAUGGAAAGCACACACACAGCACACAGUGAAACAGUACAAAGUUAACCCUUUGAUUGCCCAUCAUCAAUUAAAGGGUUUCCAUACAGCGAUUUUAUUUUAUUUUAUU